UGGUGUUUGACAAGGCCCCGCCCUGGCGCGGUGCCCUCGGAAUUCUUCCCCUGCGGGGCGUUCGCAGCCAGUGUCCGGAACUUUGUUCGCGGGCGUCGGGGCGGGCGGAAGGUUUUGGCGCACGGGCCAGACCAGCCUGUGCCGGGAGCGGGAGUUAUGCCGGGCUGGGGGCAGCUACUGUGCCGGGCGGGGGGGCGCCUGCUGGCGGGAGUUCCGGGCGGCCCAGUGCAGGGAGCGGGAGCGGCGGCCGCUACCGGGAACAGGGGACCCUGGUGCUCUAUAGUCAGGCAUAUUAAUAGCACCACCUGGUGGGAUGAACAUCUUUCUGAAGAGAACACCCAGUUCCUUAAGCAGGUAACAGCAGAAGAAUACAGAGCUCAAACAGCCAGCAAACUGUGUCCACUGAAAGAUGAACCCUGGCCACUGCACUCAUGGGAACCAGGUUCCCGCAGAGUUGGCCUUGUUGCAAUAAAGUUGGGAAUGAUUCCAUUGUGGACCAAGAAUGGUGAAAGACAUGCUGUCACAUUACUUCAGGUGAAAGACUGCCAUGUUUUAAAGUACACACCGAAGGAAGAGUAUAAUGGAAAAACAGCCACUCUAAUCGUUGGAGGGAAACAUUCAUCUCCUUUUUAUAAACCAGAGUCUGCACUGGAGGUUUUCAGAGAAGCAGGAGUACCACCAAAGCAGAAAACUACAAUAUUUAAGGUGUCAGAUAAUGCUAUAAUUAAGCCAGGUACGCCUCUGUAUGCAGCUCACUUUCGUCCAGGGCAGUUUGUGGAUGUCACUGCCAAAACAAUUGGUAAAGGAUUUCAAGGAGUCAUGAAAAGAUGGGGAUUUAAAGGCCAACCGGCCAGCCAUGGCCAGACUAAAACACACAGAAGACCUGGGGCAAUAUCCAAUACUAAUGCUGGCAAAGUUUUCCGUGGAACGAAAAUGCCUGGGAAAAUGGGUAAUGUCUACAGGACCGCUUUUGGAUUAAAGGUGUGGAGGAUCAACACAAAGAACAACAUUAUUUAUGUAAAUGGUUCUGUCCCAGGUCACAAAAAUUGUUUGGUAAAGGUCAGAGAUACAAAUUUACCGACUUACCGAGACUGCAAUAAAAAUCCUCCAUUCCCCACAUUUUUUGCUGAUGGAGAAGAAGAGCUACCAGAAGACUUGUACGAUCAGGAAGUUUUCCAGUUCACGGAUCCCUCUGUCACAUAUGUUUAGUGGUAUUGACAUCUUUAAGAAUGUGCACAUUAUUUCUGUGAACUUUGCAAUGCUGAACAAUUAUAAACCCAGAAACUGCACUCUAGCUGAAUGACCUGAACGCAUCAAACAUUGUUGGGUUUGUUUUUUUUUUCAGGUAGGAAGAUUUACUUGUUCCAAAACCAUAUUAAAACAGUGGGUGGUGGUAAGUUGGUGUGUCUGAGGGAAGGGUUGCAAAGUAAUGGAUAUAUUGCUGACUUAUCUUUUUACAUUACAAAAUUGCCUCUUGUAACUUUUUCCCUUUCACAGACUGCCAAGAUUUAUAUUUCUUUAAAUCCAUUGUCUUGGAAUUAUGUGCAUCAGUUACAUGAUUGAUGAAGUUGAGACUAUUAACAGAACAAAAUGUAUAGUUAUUUUUUCCCCUGUGGGAUAUGUACUGAUUAACUUUGACUAAACAGAAAAUAAAAUUUAUUAAAUAUCCCAUUUAGCCAUCUGGGGACAUAAAUGGACUGUUUAGGACUUUACAAAGAAUGGACUUGAAAAUGUUGAGUAGAAUGGGGCAGGAGAGGGGGGAAGAAUUCUAACUCUCUCUUCUCAGGCCUAACACCAGAGGCAAUUGCCCCGAAGUGCCUCUGGAGCUGUAAUCUUUUCCACCUUUCAUUUCCCUUUCUUCAUCAAAGUGCCUUUCCUCUUUAUUUUAAUGCUAUGCGUUUAGAGCAACAGUUAUACAAUGUAAGUUUCCUAGAGGAAAGAAUGAGACUAGCAGUGUCUGUCUGGUAAGAGUGGUGGCAGUGCUGGCUGGCUAGAAAGGCUAGACAUUUUCAGUAAUGUGGACACAAGGACAACAGUUGCUGCCUAUUUGUCCCCUUCAGUGGUAGCUUGUUCUGAUAACUUCACGAAAAUGUCCCUCGCAUACUGUCUCUGGAGAAAUAUGUCCCCUUCAAUUGUCUUCAUAUCUGAGAUUUUAUAUGGUUAUGGAAGACCUUUGGGCCUGCCCUAGUCAUCUUCGUCAUUUAACAAAAAUGAGCCGAGUGUGAGGGGUCUGUUGUACAAUUAAUUUCUCCCUAUCACUCCUAUCUUCUACCCAAGUAUUCUUUUAUAAUGGUCAAAGUGCAAGUACUCUCCCUUUGGCUUUCUCUACCUUCCGUAAGUUAUUUACUGUUUAAAGGCCUGAUUCUUUUAACCAUUACUUUACUUGCAUGAACGUUUCCUUUGAAGUCCAUAGGACUAAUCACAAGCGUAAAAUUAAGUAUGUGCCUAUCUGUUUGCUGAAUUAGCACCUAAUUGCCUACCACGUACUUUGCAUGGUAUAAGAUUUUCAUUCACAUGUAAUGUUGGGGAGGAGUGCAUCCCUAGGUAAAGUCCCGUUUUAUGUCUACAGUUCAUGUAAUGCUUGUCACGAAAUCCAUCCAUUAAUUUUGUGCAGCUUCACGACAAAAGUUGACGUACUUUAAAAUGUAUUUUAUAUUUUAUUAAACAAUUUACCGAAACCUUGAGAACAAAUAUGUAUGCCCAUUCCAGAGGUGAGGUCCCAUCCUAUUUAAAAGCAAUAUUCAUGGAGUUAGUUAUCUUAGUUUAUCCCUGAAAUUUACUGAAGGUAGUUUGAAAUUGUUGUUCUAAUCUCUUGGAUACAGUAUACCUUUUACACACAUUAGAUAUUCACAGGGGACAUAGUAGUUUGGGAAGGAUAAUGUUGAUAUACUUAGUGCACACAAUACAGAACUGUGAACUGGUAAUAUCUAUGUUGUUACCACAUAGCUUGGUUUAAUCUCAGCAAGUAUCUCUAAGUAUAAGUAAAUAGGGAUACUGCAUAACUUGCUCCCUUUACCCCUUCAAAAAUAAAGAUCAGGUCAGUCACCAAUGCUCAUAUAUCAUAAACCUUAGAAGUACAUUGCUAAGAAGUUAGCACUAGCCCUUUCCAUAAGUCACGUAUUCCAAUUGGUUUUUUUAAGUGUCCAUGAGAAAGUGGAAUGUCGUAAUCUGAUGCAUUGAAUGGUCCUACUAAUACUUGCAGUUUAGCUUCCUGCUGGCAACAAUGAUAUUGUUUCCUGAGGAUAAACCCUUCAAUGUUUGACCUGAUGAACCUCCAAGUUUUUAUAACGUCUUAAUUUUAUUUUUAUUUUUAUUGCUCUGUAAAUAUAAUGUAAAUUAAAGGCGUAUCUGAAAGACA